GUGCGCAGAAGCGGCGUGACGUCAGUGCGCUCGGUGCUGGGAACAUGGCGCUGUCGGUCCUGUGUUGCUUGAGGUGGUGUGGAAAUGGAGGCUCUGGACACAUUCAGCUCAAGGAAAUGCCCGCCGUCCAGUUAGACACGCAACACAUGGGAACGGAUGUGGUUAUUGUUAAAAACGGGAGGAGAAUAUGUGGCACAGGAGGUUGCCUAGCCAAUGCACCUUUGCAUCAGAACAAAAGCUACUUUGAAUUCAAAGUCCAAUCAACAGGAGUUUGGGGGGUUGGAGUUGCUACCCAAAAAGUUAAUCUCAACCAGAUUCCUUUUGGUCGGGAUGCACAAAGUUUAGUGCUUAGGCAUGAUGGAGCUAUUUAUCACAACAAUGAGGAGCGAAACCGACUACCAGCUAACAGUCUUCCUCAAGAAGGAGAUGUUGUGGGACUAACCUAUGAUCAUGUGGAAUUGAACGUGUAUUUGAAUGGGAAAAAUAUGCAUUGUCCAGCAUCUGGAAUUAGGGGUACAGUGUAUCCAGUUGUAUAUGUCGAUGACAGUGCGAUUUUGGAUUGCCAGUUCAGUGAAUUUUACAGUCCUCCACCUCCAGGAUUUGAAAAGAUUUUGUUUGAACAGCAGAUCUUCUGAUAUGCACUGUGUAAAUGUACACACUCCCACCCAAGCACUGUUACCUUGCCUGCUCCUGCUUAGAUAUUUGUAUGUUUCAUUUGGUUGGAAGUUGCUCGAGUGCAGUUUCCUUGAAUUGUCAGUACCUUGAAUGACAAUACAGCAUAAAGAAUUUAGGUUUAUCAUGCUUUCAUCUUUCACUGUCUGAUAAUAUUUAAAUAAGUGUUUUUAAAGUGACCAAUGGCAAUAUAAAUGUGAGGUGCAAUAAAUAAUAGACCUUAUGCACCAUAUAAUUAAGAAAAACUAGAACUCAAAUGUUUGCCUGGGUUUGCCUGCAUCACAAUUACUGUACUUCCUGAGUUAGGUACAAGUACCAAAUGAGAAAUUACACUAGCAGUGUAGUUCAAAAUACUUCAAUUAGGCAAACUUCUAUAUAAUUUUUAAUCCCUUAACCCUGUGCAGCAUUUAUUUUUGCUUUUGUAGCUAUUGGUAUAUAAUAUUGAUAUCAGGGUAAUUUCUGUCCUUACAGUAUUCCUCUCUCAACCUUUUCUACUCUUUGUAGUCUCAGUUAAAUUUUGCUACUGUGGCUAUUGAUUCACUUGUCUUUGUCCUUUCUCUCUGUAUUGUUCCACCAAUUCUGUUUUGCUUCCUUUUAAACCUUUGUUGGGGCUGAGAUGAGUACAAUAUUGGAUGUGAAACAUCUUCAAAAUCACUAGUUAAAACUAGCUCUACUUUGAGCAAAAAUUAAUCACAAUACUAAGGCUAGGCUGUCAGAAAAAUAUGAAACUCUUCUGACCAAGAACUGUAGACUGCAGUGCCCGUACUCAUAAAAGCAACUAGCUUGGCUUUCCUCUUAAAAAAAAAUUAUGGCUUUUUUCCCCUUGAAGUAAAAUGCCAUAAAUAUAAAAAUUAAAACAGAAUUCUGAAAACAGCUGAACAGAUGUGUUAGGAGAGAAAGGAAGUUAACAUUUCAAGUUGAUAACCGUCACAACUGGAAAGAUGUUAGUCAUGACAGCAUUUAAGCAAGUUCAGAGCUGUGGAAGUGGAUAAAAUGAUUGGAUGAGGGUAUGGGUAUGAUUACAUUUAUUUAAUUCAUUGGUCCAUUGAGUACAUGUCUAACACAAGAAUGAAGUAUUGGGUCAAGCGGUCUUCAACCUGAAACAUUAACUCUGUUUCUCUUCCCAUAAAUGCGGCCUGACCUGCUGAGUAUUUCCAGCAUUUUUUGUUUUGAAAAUAUUGGAGAUGCCAGAAAUCUGAACUAAAAGAGGUUAACACUGGAAAUAGCAGGUCGUGACAUAUGUGGAUAGAGGAACAGUUAACGAUGAACAAAAUAUUUAACAUAUUUUAAAGAAGUACUGAGAUAGAGAUGGUGGAGAGGAGUAGCGUAGGUAUACGUCAGAAUGGAAAGUGAUUAAAUAAUUUGUGUUGAACUGUCAUUCAGCUUUAAAGUACAAGUUUGUCACUGACCAUCUCUGUCUCCUGCUGACCCUUCAGUGAGAUUCAAAUGCUCUGCCCAGAAUGAAGCAGGAAGGAAAUGAGAAUAACUAAAUGGUUCCCCAAUUGCCGUUUUUGAAGCUAGAGAAAAAAUCUUUUGUCAAUUCUUACACAAAAAUGGCUAUACUCAGCAACUUCAAUCAGCUCAAUAUUCAUCUUUAAAGAACUGGAACUGAACUGUCAAAUUCAGGGUUUCUGUCUAAACCAAAUAUUCUUGACACAGUGUGUAUCAUAGGAUUGGGCUUGUGGAUAAGGUCUAUUAUACUAGGGUUCAGUAUACAAAGUUUGUGAAAUAUUAUUUAUAUACAAAUUUAGAAGUGGUGUACAGUUCUAUGUGAAGAUGGUGUAGGAUCCCCAGAAUGUUCCUUAAAUAUUUUCUAAAGAUUAGAAGGCAUUAAAGAACACUUGUUUUUACAACUUCUGCAAUUAUUUGUAUUGAAACUAUUAAUAUAAAGUGGAAAUGUUGUAGUUAACGUAAACAAAGUUAGAUCUUCUGUGCUCGUUUCAUUAAUUUGGAAGUUCCUGAAAAGCCAUACAGAAGAAUUAGGUAAGGGUUAUCGUUAAUAACUUUGUGUUACUUCAGAAUGAUCUAGCAGACAGUGUAUACAUUGUAGACAGUGUAUAGAGGGCGGUAUUAUUUAUUUACUGAAUAAUUAAACAAUAUCCCAAAGUCAACUAUUGUGCCUCUUGUGUAGCAAAACUGAAUAGUCCAACUGUGUUCCUAUUUUUUUUCAGUGAUCUGGUGGAAUAAAUGAAACAUUUUAAAAUACU